AUGGAGAGCAGUAUUGCUUCGUUGCGCCGCUCCUGGCGGCGGAUGAGCAGAGGCCUGGCAUCACGGCCAAAGCUGUUUAGACGGGCCCCAACAUCGGCCCCAGCUAGGGAGACGGGCACGUUCAGCCUCACCAAGGAGCUCCACCGCAACGCUGGCAUGAGUGCCGCAAUCGUGGUUCUAUCUAUUCUCAUCCUGGGCCUCGAGAUCGUUGCGCACGCGGGCUUCCUUCACUCUGCUUGGCGCAACGAGGACUCUGGAGCACGACCAAGCCAGCAAGCGGUGGUCUCCCAGGCACUGACGCCUAGCCAUUGUGGCUCCUCUGCUGAAGAGGCACGCCGCCUGGGCUGUCUGUUUGACGAGCUCAGCUUUGCGUGGCAGGCGCCGGCGUGCUACGACAAAGAGACCAUCGACGAGUUCCAGGCGGCGGGCAGCUGGGAAUUCUUCGCCGACGAGUACAGCGCAGAGGCCGUCCCGCAUGACCAGCUGGCUUUGACAGAGGAGCCGGUGCACGUCACUUUCCGAUUCCACAUCGCGGAUUGCUUGUUUCUGCGGCGGCAGAUGGUCCGACUGCUCCUGCGCGGGGCGGCCAUGGACACCCACUUGGGGGCGUACCGGCACACCGUCCAUUGCGGCAAGACGAUGCUCAACAAGGCGGGGAGGGGCAACGACAGGCACACGCGGGCCCCGGUGAUCUACCCGGUGUGUAAGCCGCUGCAGGACUGGAAGAGCUGA